GGCGAGUUCAGCUUGCAGGGCGCCGAGGUCGACAACGCCAUGUUCCGCGGGAGCGUCGGCCAGGCGGGUGCGCACUGCGACGCGCGGGGCCCCGAGGUGGAAGGUCACCGCGAGGUGGGGGCGAGCGCGGACCUCCCCACCAUGCCAGCGGUGCACCGUUUCCCUUCGCUCGGCGCCGGGGCCCAGGCUGGGGCACGGGGCGCGUUCGAGGGCGGCGAAUACGUGGACGUGGGGCAGAACGGCGAGCACGACGGGGCGCAGGACGUGGGGCAGUGCGACGAGGACGAGUUUAGCGCCGAUGCCGCAGUCGCGCCCGACCCUGAGAGCGACGGCGACCGCCGCUGGGAGGUGGCGGUCGCCAAGUACAUCCGCGCGCAGGACUUCUGGAUGGCGGCCCUCGAGACGACGUUGAGGUCGGCGGGCGAUGACUCGAUGAUGAACGCCGAAAUGGAGUGCAGCGAGGUUGAGGCCGCAUUCCGGGAGGCUGCGAAGCAGAUGGGCCUGCUUCGGAGUUGCGGCGAGUGGAGUGAGGCAG